GACGAGGUUAAUGAAUCCCCAACAAAGUCUCUGGUCACAGUUCAGGAAAGGAACCGGGGCUUCGUUUGGGUUCAGAAACCAAGCUCAUUAGAUCGGAAUAUAUGACUUCUUAGAAAGUACAUCAACACUGACAGACGUCUGGCAGGUCGUUCAAGGAACAACCCUGGAAGACUGAAGGGAGUCGUGUCGUGUAAGAAGACCCACCAUCUCACUAUCAUUCGGAGGAAGCAGCGAUCCACAGGGAGGACUUAUGAUGUGGCCAACAAGGAGAACGAAAUGGCCUGUGUGCAGAGCAUGUAAGAGAUCGUCUACAUGGACCCAUGGGAGUUUCCACCCACUGCCCAUCAUACUAACAAGACUGACGAGGCUGGUUCAAAAGACAAUGACUACUUCACAGAGCUGCUCUUUGGAAGAAAUCUGACUAAAUCUAGCCUUGACCCUGUGACGAAGAAAUGUUGGAGAACUGCUUACAUAUUUUUUAAGGAUCAAAGACACUUUCUUGACGAUGAGUCAGAGUCAUCCAGUGUUUCCAUUGGCUGUUGUGUUGACCUUUUCCCUCUAGUGAAAAAGGUCCUCACUAGUCCAUAUGAAGACUACCUGGUAGUUGAUUAACGAUGGGUACAAUCAGUGUUGAAACAUUGGUGGCCAGAGCUCUCAACAAGUCGAGGUACUAACGCUCAAUCUAUGGAUGGUAGGUUUUAACAGAAAAUAUAUGGCAAUCUAUCGUAAAUUUGGUAAUUUACCCUUGAAUAACUUUUAAAAAAUGUAUUCAUAUACAGUAUUAAUUUAUUAUGUCUGUGUCCAUAUUUUCCAUGAGUUUAGUAGAUAGACCAUACAUAGUUCAAGAGAAAAUAGCCUAAUUAAUGAAAAAAGCAUCUAAUCAAACAAUUACAUUAUUUUCAAUCAACUCUGCAACUCUUCCAACAUUUACUUUUUUCCAAACUGCCACCAGUUUGAUGCCAAAACAGUUCCUAGUUAUAUACCCUCCCUUUGCAACACUAUUUAAAAUACAUGAUCAUUUGAACAUAAGUACAAAUAGUGUUUGUGAUGUAUGUGACAUUUGUUCCUGUUUUUCAGGCUAUAGACUCUUACCUGUUUCAGUUGCCAUGCUUGCAAUGGUGGCCCAUGUCAAGCUCAAGUCCUGAUGACUUUGUUUCCAAAUUCCCAUUGUGAAACAACUCACAAGAACCAAAUGGACUUGUGACUCAAUGAACUGCACUACUUGAAGUGUUAUGCUUGGAAAAACAUAACCUAGUUCAUUUGAGGGCUGCUAAAGAGUGUCUAUCUGACUCAGAGAGACACUCCAGACAAUGAUUGUGCCUAAUUCUUGUUAAUGGCACAGUGCAGUCAAACAGGAUUUCCCUGUGUUUUAUCUACUGUAUAUUUCCACGCUAUGAGGUUGGAAUAAUAAUGUGAAAUUGUGGAAAUUAUAAUAAUUCCCUUUCAGUGUAAGAGCUGUUUGAAAAGACUGACAUUUCUGACUUUCAGUGGGAUGGGGUUUUGGUCUUCCAUGGUACUAUCACCAUGCGGUACAUUAGUUAAUAGACCAAUGAGAAAGAGAAUUCCAAACAUCUCUGCCAAUGACAGCUAAUUUCCACUCCAACCACUCCCAGAAAGUCCGAGCAAAGUUCUUGAUGGAAGUAAUUGCUCUUUGCUAAGAAGCUAUUUUUGUUUCUUUUUGACCAUUUUAAUUGAAAACAAUCACAGUAAAAGUACUUAGUUGUUACCCAUAAGUGAUUUGAUAUUGAGCUAAAAAUGGCUGCAUUGGAUCUUUAAAGCCUUUUCAUUGAAUUAGAAUUUGAUAUGACCACAAUGCUAUCAUGAUUUCAUCUCAACGGCACAACAUUGAUCCAAAGGAUGAAAGCGCAUAGAACUGUCUGGUUACAGUAGUGAACCAUUUGAAGUUGUAUUUAGUUCAUUAAAAUGGUACUUAAACUUGUUUUUAUUGUAAACAAAUAAAUGGCGAAUAGUCUGGGUAGCCAUUUGACUAGAUGUUCAGGAGUCUUAUGGCUUGGGGGUAGAAGCUGUUUUAGAAGCCUCUUGGACCUAUACUUGGCGCUCCGGUUAAUAGCAACCGCCACUGCUGAAGGUUUCAUUUUUGUUUAGUCAAGCUAUUGAAAUAUUCCAAGCCCUAGUUAGAGCCCAUAACAAGGACCCAGCGUAUAAAUAAUGCCUGGAGUUUUUCUUGGUCAGGUCACAUGUUAGAAAAUAUUCCUGGCCCUAUUCAUAAGGUACAUCUACAAUAUGUGUUGUGUUAGUGCACAGGUCCUCCAGACAUAGUUUAAAUUCACU